AUGCUCCUUCUUCUCCUCCUCCUCUUCUCCCUCCUCCCUGCCGCCGUACCCUCAGAUCUGACCUCCGACAGAGCCGCCCUCCUCGCCCUCCGUUCGUCCGUCGGCGGCCGCCCCCUCCUCUGGAACAUCACCUCCACCACCCCCUGCGUCUGGCCGGGCGUCGGGUGCCUGAACAACCGCGUCGCCGUCCUCCGCCUCCCGGCCUCCUCCCUCUCCGGCGCGCUCCCGGCCAACACUAUAUCCAACUUGACCUCUCUCCGCACGCUCAGCCUCCGCCUCAACCACCUCUCGGGCCCGCUUCCCGACGAUCUCUCCCAGCUAUCUCAGCUCCGGAAUCUCUAUCUCCAGGGCAAUCACUUCACCGGGACCAUACCGGACUUCAUUCUCUCCCUCCCCUCUCUCGUCAGGCUGAAUCUUGCCUCAAACAACUUUUCCGGCCAAAUCCCGCCCGGGCUCAACAACUUUACCCGCUUGCGCACGCUCUAUUUGGAGGAAAACCAGUUUAGUGGGCCUUUGCCUGAUAUUGACCUACCCAAUCUCGACCAGUUUAAUGUUUCUUUCAACAAUUUAAACGGGUCUGUGCCAAAAGGGCUUGUGGGGAAACCCAAGGACGCGUUUUUAGGCACUUCCCUUUGCGGCGAGCCUCUCGAUAGUGUCUGUGCGGACAAUGCGAGUCCCACAGGGUCUCCCGCUGAGGCUCCAAAUGGGAACAUAAAUUUGGGGGACAAUACUAGAAAGAAAAAGAAAUUGUCCGGCGGUGCAAUUGCAGGAAUUGUAGUCGGAUCUGUCGUGGGUUUGAUUCUUCUGGUAUUGGUUUUGUUUAUCCUGUGCAGAAAAAGGAGUGGAAACAACGUGAGGUCCGUGGAUGCAGCUGCAAUCAAGACUCAAGAAAAUGAGCCUAAUGAAAAGUCCAUCGAGGAAAAUAACACUGGGGUUAGCAAUGGGUUUUCGGUGGGCGCUGCAGCUGUGAGUGCAAUGGGCACAAAUGUUAACACGAAGAGUGAACCUGGAACAAAUUCGGCAGUCAAUAUCAAGAAGCUGAUAUUUUUCGGGAAUGCCUCGAGGGUUUUUGAUCUAGAAGAGCUAUUAAGAGCGUCAGCCGAGGUUUUGGGUAAGGGCACAUUUGGGACAUCCUACAAGGCCGUCUUGGAGGUAGGGACGGUGGUGGCCGUGAAGAGAUUGAAGGAUGUGACUAUUGGCGAGAGAGAGUAUAGGGAUAAAAUUGAAGCUGUUGGGGCUAUGGAUCAUGUGAAUUUGGUGCCUCUUAGGGCUUAUUACUACAGCAGGGAGGAGAAGCUUCUGGUUUAUGAUUACAUGCCGAUGGGGAGCCUUUCUGCGCUUUUACAUGGUAACAAAGGAGCUGGAAAAACCCCAUUAAACUGGGAAACCCGUUCGGCCAUUGCCCUUGGAGCAGCCCGAGGCAUUGAAUACCUCCAUUUACAAGGACCCAACAUCUCACACGGCAACAUCAAAUCCUCAAACAUUCUCCUCACCAAAUCCCACGAAGCCCGUGUCUCAGACUUCGGGCUCAAUAAUCUUGUCGGGUCCCCAUCUUCUCCAAACAGGGUCGCGGGAUACCGGGCCCCCGAGGUCACUGAGCCCCAACGGGUCUCUCAAAAGGCCGACAUUUACAGCCUUGGCGUGCUCCUUCUCGAGCUCCUCACAGGGAAAGCCCCACUACUGAACGAGGAAGGUGUUGACUUGCCGAGAUGGGUCAAUUCGGUCGUGAAGGAGGAGUGGACUUCGGAGGUUUUUGAUGUCGAGCUCGUGAGGUACAACAACAAUUCGGAGGAGGAGGAAAUGGUACAACUGCUGCAGCUGGGCAUUGACUGCACGGCUCAGUACCCGGAUAGUCGGCCCUUGAUCUCUGAGGUAGUGAGGCGUAUCGAGGGGAUUCGGGUUUCGGGCCUCAGGGGCUAUCGGGAUGAGACGGAUCGUGUUAGUGAGACGGAAUGA